AUCAUCCAAACACUUCUAUACUUUUCUCACAAUCAGAUUCUAACUCGUUUGUUCUUUUGUUUAGAAAAUACUUAAUGUCUCGUCUUGGUCACUUUCAUAUUCUUGUUUUUAUCAAUGUUUUGCUUAUGCUCUCAGCUGAAUCUCGCAAAACCCAAUUGCUGAACGAUGAUGAAAUUGACUCUAGCAACAAGGGUGCAAAAGGCAAACAGUGGGCUGUUUUAGUUGCUGGAUCAAAUGAUUACUCUAACUACAGGCAUCAGGCUGAUAUAUGUCAUGCGUAUCAGUUACUCCGAAAAGGCGGUCUAAAUGACGAAAACAUAAUUGUGUUUAUGUAUGAUGAUAUCGCGUUUUCCUCUGAGAAUCCUAGGCCCGGAGUUAUCAUUAAUAAACCUGAUGGAGAAGAUGUUUAUGAUGGAGUUCCUAAGGACUACAUUAAAGAAGCUGUUAAUGUUCGGAACUUCUAUAAUGUACUACUUGGAAAUGAAAGUGGCGUCACAGGAGGAAGUGGCAAAGUUUUGAAAAGUGGUCCUCAUGAUAAUGUCUUCAUCUACUAUGCUGAUCAUGGAGCUCCUGGAUUACUAGCGAUGCCUACUGGUGAAGAAGUCCUUGCCACAGAUUUCAAUAAAGUCUUGGAGAAGAUGCAUAAGCUAAAAAGCUACAACAAGAUGGUGAUCUAUGUUGAAGCAUGUGAAUCUGGGAGUAUGUUUGAAGGGAUACUAAAAGACAAUCUCAAUAUAUACGCAGUGACUGCUGCUAGUUCGAAUGAGAACAGCUUUGGAACUUACUGUCCUGAGUCAUAUCCUCCUUCUGCUUCUGAGUAUGAGACUUGUCUCGGCGAUGUAUUUAGCAUCUCUUGGCUUGAGGACAGUGACCUUCAUGACAUGAGCAAAGAGACAUUGAAGCAGCAAUAUCAAGUUGUAAGGAGAAGAACAGGAUCUGAUGUAGAACAUACUUCUCAUGUAUGCCAUUUCGGAACAGAGGAGAUGCUUAAGGAUUAUCUUGUCUCUUACAUUGGAACAAAUCCUGCAAACGAAAACCUCACUUUCACUGAAUCCACUUCCUCACCGAUCUCCUCUAAUUAUAGCUUGGUCAAUCCGCGCGAUAUCCCUCUGUUAUAUCUCCAGAGAAAGAUUCAAAAAGCUCCAAUGGGAUCACCUGUCAGAAAAGAAGCUCAGAAGAAAUUGUUUGAUGCAAUGAAUCAUAGGAAACAGAUCGAUCAGAGCAUUGCAGAGAUUUUGCGACUCUCUCUUAAGCAAACCAAUGUCUUAGAUCUCUUAAGUUCCACAAGAACAACAGGACAGCCUCUUGUAGACGACUGGGACUGCUUCAAGACUCUGGUGAAAAGCUUCAAGAACCACUGCGGAGCAACGGUGGAUUACGGACUGAAGUAUACAGGAGCGCUUGCCAAUAUCUGCAAUAUAGGAGUGGAUGUGAAGCAAACUGUUUCAGCCAUUGAACAAGCUUGUUCGAUUAAGUAAUUUGCAAAAUGAUGUGAUCCGACUUUAAAAAAUAUCAAAGUCUAUUCAAUAAAAAUCGAAUGUAGCAAAUGGUUGAUGCCUAUUUUUACAUGGAUAAGUUUUUAA